AUGUGGAUCCCCUUGGACUGUCGCGAAGCUGUCAACACUCUUGUCAAUGCUUGCAUUCGAUAUUCGAACCUCGACCUUAAGGUCGUUCACUCAGACAGUAGUAUUCGUGAGAUGGGUGAGAAAAUCAACGGAUGGAUGAAAGAUAGUGCCCAGAAGAAGGCUGUCCUCGUGGAUCUCGGUGGAAUCCCAAUCAAUCUUGAGGUGAAGAAACCACUCACCAUGGCCGAAGCCAUGGACUUGCAUAUGAAACGUACCCAGGCCGAAGUGGCAGCUCAAGCUGUAGCCGUUGAGGAUGAUUUGCUUGAAGAUGCGCCUAUGGGUGAUGAUCCAGGUGAAGCUAUUGAUAGUGGUGCUGAGGAAACCCCUGAGGUUUGA